UUUAAAUGCACUCUAAAACAUAUAUUUAUCUUAUUUCAGUCUUUGGGAACUAGACAUAUCCGUUUCUCUUCAUCAGACAGCAGCUCACGUUUCACAAGAGGCUGUAGUUAUAUCGUAGAUAAAAGCAGGCCAUUGGCUGCCUACAUCACCAGGGGUAUGUACGGGACUUCUGAUUGGUUCCAAGUUUAGGAGUUCGGCAAAUUUGCCUGAGCAGACAGUGUUGAAAUAUACUUUUUAUGAGAAAAUGUGCAAUAAUUAUUUAAGGUAGCAACAAAUGUUAUAGUCAUCAUAACAAUUGUAACUGACAAUUAAUCAGUAAAUCUAUGUCGUUGUUUUUUGUUUGAAUUGUUUACGUGUUCGCUAUGCGGGUGAAAUGAUAAGACAAGUGGAACUACGUGGCUAAUAACUGUUGUAACUGGGAUCAUUAUCGUAGCAACACACCUUUGGGGGUGAAGGCAUUCCCGCGCGGUGUUAGCUACGUUUUCAUGUUACCGGGUGUAGUUUGUAAAGGUUGAUAUGUGUAUGUUAGGAUGAAGCGUGAAUUCAUGCCAGGAAUAAUAAGUGUGAGGUUUGAUUUCCUCCCUUCUGUAAUAAGCAGCCAAUUAGGUAUUUUUCCUUUAUUCGUGUGUUGAAUCUGAUACUGUUAUAGCUCCGGCUAAACUGUUUAUGUAUGUAAGCACUUCAGAGUUAUACCAAGCUAAUAAGUCACUCAUAAGACAAGAAGGUGUAAGAGUGUGCUUAAACUGUAUUUUCAUUUACUUUAUAGUUCUCACGGAAGGUGAUAAUUCUGACUAAACUACAGAAUAAAGCCGCCAGUUAAAACCAAGGAACGGUUGUGCUCCUGGUUACCGGAGGGCGCUACAACAAUAUUUUACUGUGAUAUUUUACCCACUCCAGUCAGCAGAUGGCGUUCUGGGAAUCUAAGGCGAUGGUGUUGGUGUGACGUAUAUUGUAGUGGACGGAACGCUUCUUUCAACAGCAACAACAGUUCGUCAGCCACCUCGGUAUCUUGCUACACAAAAUAGUCGAACCAAGAAAGCUCUUUAGACGCUUUCGUGUAUACUAGUAACUGUGUUUUAAACACACUCCUGUCGUCUACUUAGUUAUCCGAUUUAAUUUCUUAUUUACGGUGUUGUUGUUAUUAGUCAACUAGCGUGCUGGUUAAGUUAGCAUUAGCCUAGCUAGCUAACAUCCCCGACCAUGAGCUCACUAAGCUACUCUCCUCCUGCUAAAGAAGAGGAGGUCUGCUGGACGGAGAAAGAAGUUAUCGUUAAAGAGGAGGAGGAAGAGAAGGCUGUUACAGUAAAACAAGAAGUAGACGGUGAGGCUGUUACCGAGAAAGAAGAGGAAGCCGCGUUCAGAGUGAAAGACGAGGAUGUUACAGUAAAAGAAGAGGAGGAUGCAGUUUUUGGAGUGAAAGAGGAGGAGGGGGAGAUGACUGUCACGUCGAGAAAGGAGGAGGAAGAAGAGGAGGAAACUGGAUAUCUGGGCCCGGUUUCCCAAAGGCAACUUAAGGCAUCCAAUGAUGAACUUAGCUGUAAGAUGGUUUUGAAAAACCGGGCCCUGAUUAACACUAGAGAGAGACGGGACUAUCGUGGAUCCUCUGGGGAGCCUCAACAACAUCAUGAAUCUGACGAGGCAGAGAAGAGUCUCUCCAGAUCAGAACGCCUCAAGAAACACCAGCGGAAACCCACAGGGAAGAAAUCUCAUUACUGCUCUGACUGUGGGAAGAGUUACUCAAGACUAGAUUCACUAACAGUACACCAGAGAAUUCACACAGGCGAUACAGCUCACUGCUCUGACUGUGGGAAGAGAUUCACCACUAUAGCAAACCUUAAAAUACAUCAGAGAAUUCAUACAGGAGAGAAACCUUAUAGCUGUGAUCAAUGUGGGAAGAGUUUUACUCACUCAAGCUGCCUGAAGGUACAUCAGAGAACACACACAGGAGAGAAAUCUUAUAGCUGUGGUCAAUGUGGGAAGAGAUUUGUGACAUCUAGCAGUCUGACUAUACAUCAGAGAACACACACAGGGGAGAAACCUUUUGGCUGUGAUCAAUGUGGGAAGAGAUUUGUUUCAUCUAGCCGCAUGACUAUACACCAGAGAACACACACAGGGGAGAAACAUUAUGGCUGUAAUCAAUGUAGGAAGAGUUUUAAUCGCUCAAGCUUGCUGAAGGUACAUCAGAGAACACACACUGAAGAUAAAUCUUUUAUAGCUGUGAUCAAUGUGGGAGAUUUGUUACAUAUAGCAGUCUGACUAGACACCAGAGAACACACACAAGAAUCAAAUCUUAUAGCUAUGAUCAAUGUAGGGAGAGAUACUCUCGUAAAAGAUCUCUGAUUAAACAUCAGAAAAUA